AUAUCAUCGGCCAUACAUGAAAUGAACUGACAUCACGACACUUCCACGGGCAUUUAGGUGAUCAACAUGUCUGCUAGUCGUAUGUCGCAGAUUUUAUUCUCGCGUGUAUCGCAUGCGGCCCGAAAACCGCAGCAGUUUAUCGCGCCCGCCAUCAGGUACUAUUCUUGCCAAACUGGAAAUUAUGAAUUUAUUAAAACUGAAACUGUGGGCGAAAAGAAAAAUAUUGGCAUCAUUACUUUGAAUAGGCCAAAAGCCCUAAAUGCUCUGUGUGCUCAGUUAAUGAACGAAGUAAAUCAUGCUUUGGAUCAUUUCGACUCGGAUUCAUCUAUCGCCGCUAUCGUCAUUACUGGAAAUGAAAAGGCAUUCGCUGCUGGUGCUGACAUCAAGGAAAUGAAGGACAAGUCAUUCGCAAAGAAUCUAAAGGAAAACUUUAUAGCUAACUGGAACGGAGUUGCCAAAAGCAGAAAACCUAUAAUCGCUGCUGUAAAUGGUUAUGCUUUGGGUGGAGGAAACGAGCUCGCGAUGAUGUGUGAUAUUAUUUAUGCCGGCGACAAAGCCAAGUUUGGUCAACCAGAAAUUGCUAUCGGUACGAUUCCUGGAGCAGGUGGUACUCAAAGGCUACCUAGGAUCAUCGGCAAGAGUAAGGCUAUGGAAAUGGUGCUCACCGGCAAUAUGAUUACCGCGGAAGAAGCUGAGAAAAGUGGUUUGGUCAGUAAGGUCUUUCCAGCUGACAAAGUUCUCGAAGAAGCAGUGAAAUUGGGCGAAAAAAUCGCGUCACAUUCACAAAUAGUCGUUGCAAUUGCUAAGGAAGCUGUUAAUGCCGCAUACGAAACCACAUUGCAACAGGGGCUUCAGUUUGAAAAGAGAAUGUUCCACAGUACAUUCUCUCUGACGGAUAGAAAGGAAGGAAUGACAGCUUUUUUGGAAAAACGUCCGCCAAACUAUAAAAAUGAGUAAAUUUCAGCUAUUCUUACUUGGGAUAUAAAAAAAAGAUCAUAAAUAUUUUUAAAAAUAUUUUUAUACCGCAUUUUUAUAAAGUAAAUUCUUAUUCUAUAUCUUCUUUUUCACUGAUGUAGUGCGAUAAAGCUCUACAUAAAGAAAAGAAAAUACAUAAAGAAAUUGUUUACAUAAUGCUCGUCAGUUAGAGGGUUUGAUAUGAGAUAUUACUUGUUAUAUUUGUUGCAAUAUUAUACAUGCUGCAAUAAAUUUUUAC